UUUAGGUUUUUGGGUUAGGUUCGGAUUGAGGUUCGGUUGAAGACUUUUAAGCCAAAGAUAAGCACCCAUCCACCACUCACCACUACAAAGUAACUCCACUUGUUUUCUUUCUUCUCACCCUUUUUUUUCUCGAGAAAAAGAAAAAUUUUCCAAGAAAGUUUCUUUAUCCCCUUCAAAUGAUCCAUAUUGAUCAAGUUAGAGAAAUCAAACCAAAAAGCAGAAGAAUCAUGGGAGGAGGUGGUCCAGAUUAUGAUGAUGAUUUUGAUAAAGAGGAAGUGAAGUGGCCGCCAUGGCUGGAACCACUGCUUCAAACAAGCUUUUUCGUCCAAUGCAAACUCCAUGCCGAUGCUCACAAGAGUGAAUGCAAUAUGUAUUGCUUGGAUUGCAUGAACGGUGCUCUUUGUUCUCUUUGCCUUGCUCAUCACAAAGAUCAUAGAGCUAUUCAGAUAAGGAGAUCAUCAUACCAUGAUGUGAUAAGGGUUUCAGAGAUUCAGAAAUUCGUGGACAUAACAGGGAUUCAGACCUACAUUAUCAACAGUGCCAGGAUUGUGUUCUUGAACCAAAGGCCUCAGCCUAGGCCCGGCAAAGGUGUCACCAAUACCUGCCAAGUCUGCCACCGGAGCCUCCUUGAUUCCUUCACCUUCUGUUCUCUUGGUUGCAAGAUUGUUGGGACAUCAAAGAACUUCAUUAGAAAGAAGAGAAUGUUGAAGGAAACAGAUGGGUUCGAUGCCGAAUCAUUGAACGAUGUUAGUAACGGAAGCCAGAAGAGCAAAGUACAAAGCUUCAGGCCAUCGACGCCACCGCCAAUCGCUUUGAAUUAUAGGACGGUGAAGCGGAGGAAGGGAAUUCCUCACCGAGCUCCAAUGGGAGGUCUCAUCAUAGAAUACUAAUAAAAAUAAUAAUAAAAUGAAGUUCCUCGACUGAUUUAGGAAGCAAUGUCAAAACAC